AUACAACACAGAGAGAGAGAGAGACAAGAGAGAGAAAGAGAUGAUGAAGGUGUAAGACCUUGUUGGUAAGAGGAUGUUGGCAUUCUGACCUAAAGCUUCUGUCUUUCUGCUUCAUUGUGUCUCUCUGCUGCACAUAAAAUGUAUCUCUUUCUGAUUCUUCUGUAGAUUUCAUCUCUGAAACUAGUGCUAAUACUUCAGCUACAGAUCUCUCCAUUCUGGGUUUUCUUCAAAUCUGGGGUCUUUUUCCAACUGGGUUUCUGUUGAAAAUGCUGAUAAAGGAUGGCUUUUGAUCCAGCUUGGAAGUUUUGAUCAACUUGGAUUAACUCCCAAGUUUUAAGAGUAGUCUCUUUUAAUCCCUCCCUUUUCUUCUGGUCCUUCGAGAUUUCGGUAUUAAUAGCCAAAAGCAAAGAAAAAAUUUGAAAGUGUUUCUUUUUCUGUUACCUGCAAAAUUAGCUGCCAUAUGCUCACAGUGGUUGGAUAUAGUCCUUCAGAAGAUCACAGAAGAGAUCAAUCCAUAAUUAUUCUUGGGAUCCACUUGCAGAAUGUCUUUCCGCAGCAUAGUUCGUGAUGUUAGGGAUGGUUUUGGCAGCUUAUCUAGGCGUAGUUUUGAUGUCAGACUGACUGGCCACCUUAGAGGAAAAUCUCAUGGGUCAGUACAGGAUUUGCACGACCAGCCUCUAGUAAUUCAAAAUAGUCGCUGGGCGAGCUUACCCCCAGAAUUACUAUUUGAUGUCAUUAGACGGCUAGAGGAGAGUGAGAGUACAUGGCCUGCUCGAAAGCAUGUUGUUGCAUGUGCUGCUGUUUGCCAGUCUUGGAGGAAUAUGUGCAAGGAAAUUGUUAAGAGCCCGGAGUUAUGUGGCAAACUUACAUUCCCUGUGUCCCUGAAGCAGCCUGGGCCACGUGAUGGCAUCAUUCAAUGCUUUAUCAAAAGAGAUAAAUCUAAUUUAACAUACCACCUAUUCCUUUGUCUCAGCCCAGCUUUGUUAGUUGAAAAUGGAAAAUUCCUCCUUUCUGCUAAGAGAACACGGAGAACAACUUACACAGAGUAUGUUAUUUCCAUGAAUGCUGACAACAUCUCUAGAUCAAGUAACACCUACAUCGGAAAGCUGAGAUCAAACUUUCUUGGUACGAAAUUCAUUAUAUAUGAUACACAGCCUCCAUACUCUUCUGCCCAUAUAUGCCCUCCUGGGACUGGGAAGACGAGCCGCAGAUUUUAUUCCAAAAAGGUCUCGCCUAAGGUCCCAUCUGGGAGUUACAACAUAGCUCAGGUAACAUAUGAAUUAAAUGUGCUUGGGACUCGAGGCCCAAGGAAGAUGCACUGCAUUAUGCAUUCAAUACCAGCUUCAGCACUUGAUGCGGGUGGCACUGUUCCUGGCCAGCCAGAGCUUCUUCCCCGUUCCCUGGAGGACUCAUUUCGGAGCAUCUCAUUUUCAAAGUCUCUAGAUCAUUCUAUCGAGUUCAGCAGUUCACGAUUUUCUGAGAUUGGGGGAUCCUGUAAUGAGGAUGAUGAUGGCAAGAUGAGACCCUUUGUUCUGAAAAACAAGCCUCCAAGAUGGCAUGAACAAUUACAGUGUUGGUGCCUUAAUUUCCGGGGACGUGUAACAGUUGCAUCUGUUAAGAACUUUCAGUUGAUUGCUGCCACCCAACCAGCUGCUGGUGCACCCACGCCAUCUCAACCGGCUCCACCCGAGCAUGACAAGAUUAUUCUGCAGUUUGGCAAAGUUGGUAAAGACAUGUUCACCAUGGAUUAUCGGUAUCCUUUAUCUGCAUUCCAAGCUUUUGCAAUAUGCUUGAGCAGCUUUGACACCAAGUUGGCUUGUGAAUAGAUUAAAUUAUGAAGCAGAAAUCUUUUUAAGUGGGCAAAUCAAACGGUGAUGAUGGUAUCUUUCCCUUUAUUUUUCUCUCUUUUUCCUAUUCUUAUUACCAGUGUCAUGGGAAUAGGCAAUUGUUGUUACUCAGCUGUUGUAUGACUAAAUUGUAACCGUAGUGCAUCCCUGAUGAUGUAAUAGGGUUUAGAGCAUUUUUAACUUCAAAUGUUGCUAUGUUUCUUUCUCAGUUGAUUCAAGCGUAUCAACGCAAUGUUAUCUUUUCCACCAACAAACUAUCAUUUAACAGAUUUUAGGUUCUGCUGCCUUCUGCAUUGUCUAGUAGUACCUGUUUGAUAAUUGAGAGGUACUUAUUAUUUGUGUC